CUAGAAAAGGAUCAAAUGAAUCAAAUGAUGGGCCUUCACAAAGUCUAUCAUCGCCUCACUAUCCUCUCCCUAUUCCCUCUCUGUCCUCCGCCUCUUUUCCCCUCUCUCAAACUUUCCAGAUUCACCCUUGGCCACCUGAGAACUCAUCACUCUGCAAACUCCGCCAGAUUAAGGUCAAUCAUGGCUGCUGCCACUUCUAGGCUCGGCAAUCUUGUUUCUGCAACCUCUUUUGUAGCCGAAGAUGGUGGCGGUGGCUCCAAUGUCUCCGUUAAUUCUUCAACUGGUACCUCAACUCUUGAUGAUGAAGCUUUGGGAGGUAAGUAUCAACUUCCUCCACCAGAGAUUAAAGAUAUUGUUGAUGCACCGCCUCUCCCUGCAUUGUCAUUUUCACCACAAAGAGACAAAAUACUAUUCCUUAAGAGGAGAUCUUUACCUCCAUUGGCAGAACUAGCUAGACCAGAGGAAAAGCUGGCUGGCAUGCGAAUUGAUGGAAAAUGUAAUACCAGGAGCCGAAUGUCAUUCUACAUUGGUAUUGGUAUCCAUCAAUUAUUGCCUGAUGGUAGUCUGGGGCCAGAGAAGGAGGUACAUGGCUUUCCAGAUGGUGGUAAGAUCAAUUUUGUUACCUGGUCUCUUGACGGUAGGCAUUUAGCCUUCAGCAUCCGAGUUGAUGAAGAAGAUAACAGUAGCAGUAUGCUUAGAGUAUGGGUUGCUGAUGUGGAAACAGGGAAAGCUAGGCCCCUCUUUCAGUCCCAAGAUGUCUAUCUAAAUGCUGUAUUUGAUAAUUUUGUUUGGGUAGAUAACUCUUCUCUAUUAGUUUGCACCAUUCCAUCAUCUCGGGGUGAUCCACCAAAGAAACCUUUGGUUCCCUCUGGUCCAAAGAUACAAUCUAAUGAGACAAAAAAUGUUGUUCAAGUUCGAACCUUCCAGGAUUUGCUGAAAGAUGAGUAUGAUGAAGAUUUAUUUGACUACUAUGCCACCUCACAACUUGUGUUGGUUUCUUUGGAUGGUACAGUGAAGGAAAUUGGCCCACCAGCUGUGUAUACUUCAAUGGACCCUUCCCCGGACCAGAAAUAUCUUUUAAUUAGUUCUAUUCACAGGCCGUACUCUUUUAUUGUGCCAUGUGGUAGAUUUCCCAAAAGAGUAGAACUAUGGACAACUGAUGGAAAGUUUGUGAGAGAGCUCUGUGAUUUGCCCCUUGCUGAGGACAUACCUAUAGCAUUCAAUAGCGUGCGCAAAGGGAUGCGAUCAAUCAAUUGGAGAGCUGACAAGCCUUCGACGCUCUACUGGGCGGAGACACAAGAUGAGGGUGAUGCGAAAGUAGAAGUUUCUCCUCGAGAUAUAAUUUAUACACAGCCUGCUGAGCCACUUGAAGGUGAACAGCCAGAAAUCUUACACAAACUCGAUCUUCGCUAUGGUGGAAUCUCUUGGUCUGAUGAUUCUCUAGCUCUAGUUUAUGAAUCAUGGUACAAGACAAGGCGAACAAGAACCUGGGUAAUAUCACCUGGCUUUAAAGAUGCAAGUCCACGUGUGCUAUUUGACAGGUCUUCAGAAGAUGCGUACUCUGAUCCUGGCUCCCCAAUGAUGAGAAGAACACCUUCUGGAACUUAUGUGAUUGCAAAGAUAAAGAAGGAAAAUGAUGAAGGCACUUAUGUUUUACUGAAUGGAAUUGGUGCAACCCCUGAAGGGAACAUCCCUUUCCUUGAUCUGUUUGACAUAAAUACAGGCAGCAAAGAACGAAUUUGGCAGAGUGAUAAAGAAAAAUACUUUGAGACUGUUGUUGCUCUAAUGUCUGAUCACAAGGAAGGGGAUCUAUACCUUGAUCAGUUGAAAUUGUUGACUUCAAAGGAGUCAAAAACUGAAAAUACUCAGUAUUAUAUCCAGAGCUGGCCAGAUAAGAAAGCAUGCCCGAUUACAAAUUUUCCUCAUCCAUACCCGCAGUUGGCAUCAUUGCAGAAAGAGAUGAUUAGGUACCAGCGGAAGGAUGGAGUUCAGCUUACUGCAACCUUAUACUUGCCACCAGGCUAUGAUCCAUCAAAAGAUGGCCCUCUUCCAUGUCUUGUCUGGUCUUACCCUGGAGAAUUUAAAAGCAAAGAUGCUGCGGGACAAGUUCGUGGUUCUCCUAAUGAAUUUGCAGGCAUAGGCCCAACAUCAGCUCUUCUUUGGCUAGCUAGGAGAUUUGCCAUUUUGUCUGGCCCAACGAUUCCUAUUAUCGGUGAGGGUGAUGAGGAGGCAAAUGACAGGUAUGUAGAGCAACUGGUUGCAAGCGCAGAGGCAGCAGUUGAGGAAGUUAUCCAACGUGGAGUUGCUCAUCCUGGAAAAAUUGCUGUUGGAGGACAUUCCUAUGGUGCAUUCAUGACUGCAAACCUCUUGGCACAUGCCCCUCAUAUUUUCUGCUGUGGAAUUGCACGCUCUGGGGCUUACAACAGAACACUUACACCUUUUGGUUUUCAGAAUGAGGACAGAACACUCUGGGAGGCCACGAGUACGUAUGUGGAGAUGAGCCCUUUCAUGUCAGCAAACAAAAUUAAAAAGCCCAUAUUACUUAUUCAUGGAGAAGAAGAUAACAAUCCCGGAACUCUAACCAUGCAGUCGGAUCGUUUCUUUAAUGCUCUGAAAGGUCAUGGUGCACUGUGUCGCCUGGUUGUUCUUCCUUUUGAGAGCCAUGGGUACGCUGCGUACGAGAGCAUCAUGCAUGUUCUCUGGGAAACAGAUAGAUGGCUGCAGAAAUAUUGUGUAUCAAACGCAUCUGACGUAGGCACAGAACUUGAUGCUUGCAAAUGUGAUGCAAACAAAGACGUUACAGACUCUGAAAACAAGGCAGCUGCUGCCAGUGGAGGCGGUGACCCGGAGCUGGAAGAUUUUGAGCAUCAAGGGUUCCACCCUGUGCCAAGGUCAUUAUUAUGAUGGAAUUGCGGAUCUGUAGCUGCUGCUGACUAAAAACAGGAGCCCCCAGUGAUGUGCGAAUAGCAUGUGCUACUCACUUGAAUAUGAAAAUGUGCAUCAAUAUAACACACCAAGUGCUGCGAAAUUCAUAAAAUACCAUUGGAUUCUGAAAGUUAUUGUGCUCCCUCAAGCUGAUCAGCAGCAUGUAUCUUAAGAGGGCGUAAAAACAUUGGACGAUUAUUUCAGUCACCUAUGAUAUCUGCGAUGAUAUCAUUAAAGUUAUGUUCUUAUUUUUCACAAGGUAUAUGAAUACAUCGUUUUGCUUCA